AUGUUAACCAACAUAGAUAUUGAGACUCUGAAGACUCAUCAGAACUGUUCUCCAGAAACACACAUCCUCUUUCUGAAGACACACAAAACAGGAUCUUCUACAAUAUCAAACAUUUUUUUCCGUUAUGGAGAUUCUCGUGGUCUUCAAUUUAUUCUUGGUUCAGACACACUGGUUGGUUGGCCAAGUCCUUUCAGAAUUUCACACACCCUACAUCCUAAUGGAUUUCAGCCAAAUUUUCUAUGUAGUCACACAAGAUUUAGUAAGAAAACUAUGAAUUACUUAUUUCCAAAAGACAGGAGUAAGUACAUAACAAUCCUUCGACAUCCUGUGGACCAAUUUGAGUCUGUUUUCAAUUACAUGGGGUUUGGUGAGGUAUAUAAUUUAGGGAGUGAUGCGACAGAAUCUAUAAAAGGAUUUCUUAGGAAAGGAAUAGAGUUUAAAGACAUCUUUAGGGCAAGAUCAUCUGUUCUAGCAAGAAAUCCAAUGAUGUUUGAUUUAGGUUUGGACUACAAGUUUUACCAGAAUGCAUCAGCUGUGAAAGACUACAUUGCAUUUUUGGAAAAGGAGUUUGACUUAGUCAUGAUAACAGAGUAUUUUGAGGAAUCUGUGGUGCUGAUGAAGCGUUUGCUCUGCUGGUCAUUCAUUGAUAUUCUUCACAUUAAAACUAAUGAGAGAAUUGCCCAAGAAAGAGCAGAGUUCAGUGGAAACUUGAGAGAAAACAUAAAACGCUGGAACAAAGCAGAUAUGUUACUUUAUGAUCACUUCAAUAAAACAUUUUGGUAUAAAAUAGAAAUGGAAGGGAAAGAGUUUUAUGAAGAUCUUGCAACUUUUCGUCGACUGAAAGAGGUUUUACACAAAAACUGUUUUGGAGAAGCAACAGUUGUGGAGGUUUAUCCUGGCAAGUAUGCAAAGACAUUGUCUUUAAAUCCAAACGUAUCAGGAGUGAGCAGAGAGGUAUGCAAAAAACUUAUUGUAAAGGAAAACAGCUACCUAAGUUAUUUAAGACAGAAGCAGUUGUACAAAUCACCAGGCCCUAUUGACACAACAAUAAUUGAGGAUGACCAACCUAAUAUCAGCUGGAGUGUAUCAAAAGAUUUUCAGUAUGAUCCUCUACCAAUAUAA